CGCAGUCACUCUUCGGCACACACUUCGGCAGAAGACACGGAAAAUGUACAUUUAUUGGUGUAAUUAGCGUUCAUCUUUGGCCGAUUUCCGACGGAUAACCGUUCCAAAGUGUUGUAAAUAGUGAAAAUAAUCAAGUUUUUAAACCUAGUUCUUACGGUGAAGAUUCUCCGGAUAUUCCCCGGAAGCUCAGUUCCCCGGAAGAAUCUGGCCAAAAGCGCCACCGUGUGUGUGUACAGUUAGUUAUAAAGACGACGACGACGGGAAAAUCUCGAGAGCUGCCUUUUUUUUGCUGGUGGCCAAAUUUGCUGCUGCGUUCUUUGCCCUCCUCUCCAGUUUUCGGGUCGUUCCCGGGGAAGAAGGCGACCAGCAGUGCGCAGAGGGUGUGUGUGGCCGCGAGUUGCCUGUCUGUGUGCGUGCGAGCGAACGAGCUUGAAGAACCGUCUCUGGAAGAGCUCCAGCACCUGAAGAGUGAGAGCAAGGCGCGAUUAGCAUCAGGAAGAUUUGCCCGGAACAUCCGGAAGAUUGUGUGUGAGGAAGAAUCGACCCGGAGUGGAAUUACGGUCUACCAAGGAAGACUAGUAUUGUGCGUGUAUCCGCUUGUACUAACGCAGCUUCCGGAAGAGAGAUAGGAAAUAACAUCUUCAGGAGAGUGCACUUCCCGGGGAUUUGCCGUUGCGGAACCGGUUCUUGCAGCAGAAGAUAGUGUGUAAACAGGCCGCGACGACAACAUCAACAGUGCGUUUGUUGUGUGGUUUUUGUUUGAAAACAACAAUAUCAGCGUUUGCACACGUCGUACACACACACAUCUACGCGAGUUUGUAGUCGGUCCACCCACGACGACGGCGGCGAAUAGCCAAGCCAAAAGUGUUAAGGUCACUAAGUGCAAGUGCAACGGCGGGGAAGGGAAGAAGUGAGUUAAGCGUGAAGGUGAGUGAAGAAGGAAGAUAAGCUGCGGCGCGGCAACGACGACGGUUUGUAACGCGACGCUCAGCUCGAAUCGGAAAUCGGACAUUGCGCAAGACAACGCCGCUUCUAGACAACGACACCGACCACUUCCCACCAGCAAACGCGGCGGCAACGUUCCAACACACUCCUCGCACCCGGCUAAGAACCGUGGGAUCAACAGCGUUCACUCGUUGUAACACUGCCAGUGCUGUGCCCGCAAAGCUACCAAAAUUCAUCUGGAAGUGGUAUGUAUCCCGUGUUGCAGCAUCCACUCGAGCCCGAGGCGAUGAAGCUGCUCGGCGGGCACGACGACGGGGGCGGACGGGGGGCGGCACCGAUCCGGUCACAGGACGACGCCGCGGUCGGGUACGUGUUCCAGCGGCACCCGAACGAGACCGAGUUCAACCAGUUCGCCCAGAAGCAGUCCCGGUGGGCAUCCGGCGAUGACGCCAUUAUCGACAACCAAGACAAGUGGAAGUACAACCCAACGCUGACGAACCACAGUACCGGAGGGUUGCUUCCGCCGCCGACCAUCUCGUCCGUCACGAAGCACCAGGUCCACCAGCAGCACCAACAGCAUCAGCACGCCAACGCCGUGGCCCAGCAGCAACAGCAACAACAGCAGCAGCAGCAACAGCAGCUUCAACAGCACCAGCAGCAACUCUCGAUGAUGAACCAUCCGUCGCAGCAGCACCAGCAGCUGGCGAACCACCUGGCCAGCCACCACCAGAACCAUCUCAACCAGACAAUGCUCAACCACACGGCCGCGGCCGCCGCUGCCGCCGCCAUGGGCAACGUGCCCACGAUGCAGAUGCAGAUGCAGGGCGCGGCCGGCAUGUACGACCACCUGCACCCGCCGAACGUGAACGUCAACGGGGUCGUCCAGAAGCCACCGGGGCCGCCCGGCCAGGAGCAGCUCGUGUAUCUCGGGGGCGGCGCGCAGCAGUACGGCGUGCUGGCGCCCCAGAACCAGUACAUUGCACGGAACAACGCCGCGAUCAACACGUCGGCCACGAAGAAGCUGUGGGAGAAGGGCGGUGGUAGCAGCAACGACGUCAAGGUGGCCACCGGAGCGGGCGCGACCGGGCCGCUGGCACCGCUCCAGCUGCACGGCAGCACCGACCACCAGGUGUGGCGCGACUCGACGUGGUCCACGCAGGGCGACGCGAUCCUGGCCUCCCGGCGCAUCUUCCCGCACGCACCGGACACGAACCCGACCGGGUCGACGGGGAUUUUGAGCCCACGAGACUCGACGGGUGGCCUCGGCGUCAAGAUGGUCGAGUACGUACUGGGCGGAUCGCCCACGAACAAGGAGAGCCCGCUUGCUAGCCUAGAACCUCGAUUUAAGGGAUUGAAAUUCGAUGAUAAUGACAAGACAUCUGACGAUAAAGAUAAAGCCAACUCGCCAUUCGAAUCGAACGGUUUGAAAAAGGAGGAAGUGAACUCGACAAACGGAGUUGUGAUCGUGAACGGAAUUGAUGACGACAAGGGAUUUAAUCGCACUCCCGGCUCCCGCCAGCCAUCGCCCGCGGAGGAGCAAAUGCCGCGCGGCUCCACCCUGCUGGACGCGCCGUCCCACCACGGGUCCGGCUUCCCGCAGCACCCGUCGCUGCACCACAUGCUCGGUUCGGCGGCGGCCGCUGCGGCUGCUGCUGCCGCAGUCGGUGCCGGUGCCGCCGGCGGAGCGAACGACGUGGCCCAGCAGGCGGCUGCCGCCGCGCUCGGCUCGUACCACCCCCAGAUAAUCAACCAGAUGAGCCAGAUGAGCCAGCUCAGCCAGAUGAACCAGAUGAACCAGCUGAACCAGAUGCAGAGCCACGUGAUGAACGGCGUGGGCGGGAUCCCGCAGAUUACGCAGAGCCAAAUGGUUAGCCAACCCGGCCAGGGUCCGAACCAGAUUGAGUCUCCUGCGAAUCUGCUCCAGCAGCCGCAUAACUUCGACGUACAGCAACUAUUCAGAUCGAACCCGGGCCUGCCAGCGGCCAGCUCGGCCGUACCGGGCGCCCCCAACGGCCAGCCGCUGCCCCAGUCGGCGCUCUCGCUUUCGGCCCAGCAGCAGCAGUUCCUGGCCCAGCACAAUGCGGCCGCUCAGCAGUACGCAGCGGCGGCGCAACAGGCCGCCCAGCAGCAGCAACCGUACGUCAUCAACCCGGGCCAGGACCCGUCGCCGUACAUGGGCGCGCUCAUCACGGCCGGCGUCCCGCAGUACUACGGCGUGGCGCCGGCCCCGUGGGGCGUCUAUCCCGCCAACCUGAUCCCCCAGCAGCCCCAGUCACAGCCCCGGAGGCCACUAACGCCGUCGCAGCAGGGCGCCGAAAAUCAGCCCUACCAGGUGAUAUCGGCGUUCUACGACCAGAGCGGCUCGCUCGUGAUGGGACCCCGCACCGGUACGCCGAUGCGGCUGGUCAGCCCAGCGCCACCGGUGCUGGUUCCGCCGGGCGCGGGCGGUCCGCGGGCACCCCAGGCACCGCCCACGAUCUAUCCGCCGCAGCCCCAGACGGCCCAGCAAAGCAUGUACUCGGCCCAGAACGGAUCCGGUGUCGGAGUCGGAGGUCUCGCCCUAAGCACAUCGUCGCUGACCGCGCGGAGGGACUCGUUUGACCGGAACACAUCGGCCUUCAGCCCCUCGCUGGACUACACGUCGGCGUCCACGAACGCCGUGGUGAGCAAUGCGGCGGCCGCAGCUGCAGCCGCUGCCCGGAAGUGGCCCGUCGGUGCCGGCAGUUACGGCGGGUUGAGCGCGGUGGCCGCUUCGGCGAGUCCGCUGGGUGCUUCGAUUACGCCACCGCCCGUGUCCGGGCUGGGCGCGCUUGUGACGAGUCGGGCUCCGGGUGCGGAGACCAAGUAUCGGCAGGUGAACCAACUGGCGCCGGGAAUCUCCGGCAACGCCAUGUUUGGCUCGAGCCAGUCGCUGUUUUCGAAGCUUUCCGGGUCGGUGAUGCGACCUGCAGCAGCAGCCGCGGCUGCCGUUGCGGCUGUGGCGGCCGCUGCCCCGGGUCUGGAUCGACCCCCGGGACGGUCUCGGCUGCUCGAGGACUUCCGAAAUCAACGCUACCCGAACCUUCAGCUGCGUGAUCUCACCAAUCACAUCGUGGAGUUCUCCCAGGAUCAGCACGGAUCUCGGUUCAUCCAGCAGAAGCUGGAGCGGGCGACGGCCGCCGAAAAGCAGCUGGUCUUCAACGAGAUCCUUGGCGCGGCGUACAGCUUGAUGACGGACGUGUUCGGCAACUACGUCAUCCAGAAGUUCUUCGAGUUUGGCUCGCCCGAACAGAAGCAAGCCCUGGCCCAGCAGGUCAAGGGACACGUGCUGCCGCUGGCCCUGCAAAUGUACGGCUGCCGCGUCAUCCAGAAGGCGCUCGAAAGCAUCCCGGCCGAGCAGCAGCAGGAAAUCGUCCGCGAGCUGGACGGCCACGUGCUCAAGUGCGUCAAGGACCAGAACGGCAACCACGUGGUGCAAAAGUGCAUCGAGUGCGUCGACCCGGUCGCGCUGCAGUUCAUCAUCGACGCGUUCCGCAACCAGGUCUACUCGCUGAGCACACAUCCAUACGGCUGCCGGGUCAUCCAGCGGAUACUGGAACACUGCACGCAGGAACAGACGGCGCCGAUCCUCGGGGAACUGCACGCCAACACCGAGCAGCUCAUCCAGGACCAGUACGGCAACUACGUCAUUCAGCACGUUCUGGAACACGGCAAGCCGGAGGACAAGUCGGUGCUGAUUGCGGCCGUCCGCGGCAAGGUGCUGAUUCUGUCGCAGCACAAGUUCGCCUCGAACGUGGUGGAAAAGUGCGUGACGCAUGCGACGCGGGCCGAGCGCGCCCUGCUGAUCGAGGAGGUGUGCUCGUUUAAUGAUGCUGGCCUGCACGUGAUGAUGAAGGACCAGUACGCCAACUACGUGGUGCAGAAGAUGAUUGACGUGUCGGAGCCGACGCAGCGGAAGGUGCUGCUGCACAAGAUCCGCCCCCACAUGAACUCGCUGAAGAAGUACACCUACGGCAAGCACAUCAUCGCCAAGCUGGACAAGUUCUCGCUCAAGACGCCCAACUCGAUUGCGGGUGCGGGUGCAGGUGCGGGUGGUGCGGCCGGCGGCGGCCAGGUGGUGGCGAACGCGCCCGGCGGCGGUGUGACGGAAGUGACCGCCAAUGGUACGCCCAAUGGAACCACCGGUGGUCAGCAGCAGCAGCAGCAAGGGCAGCAACAGCAGCAGCAGGUGGUGGUCGCUAGUAAUGGUGUCGUGACGGCAAUGGACACUGGGGCGGCAAGCUUGGGCCCGAUUGGACCACCCCCGACCAACGGGGUGAUGUAAGCGAAUCUGGUAUGAUUUAUACAUAUAUAUAUACUUAUAAAUAUGUUAGCGGUUAGGGAGGAAGUAAGUGGAAAGUGAGAUAGCGCUAGCGCGGAGAAUCUGAAGACAACUCCCCACCCCGUUUAAGGACACAACAGGAGGUUUGUUUGGGGAAUGUGUGAAGGUCCGGUUGGGAGCGUGCGCGCGCGCCCCCUGAAAAAAUAGACACUUUUGUAAAUACUGUACUGUUUUUACGCUCGGAGAUAUUUUUCAUCUCUUUCGAAAUCAUGUUCGUGUGUUAGGCUAACGUUUUCGAUUUUAGUUAACACCUUCUCAUCUCACUCUUGUAAGUAAACUGAUUAUUCUGUAGGCAGAAGACGGAUCUCACUCAGCAGUGUCCUAGCCGGAGAGCGCGUAUAAACUAUUUCGUCGUCGUUUAUGUUUUAGGUAAUAUUUUUAAUGAUGAAAUAUUCUUAACGGAGAUUGCGCGCGCGUGCGCGACUUCAGGACGCACGCAUUCUGAACAAACACACUCCACGCACACUCAACGCCAUAGAGUCAAAAGACUAGCAGAAUUUGAUUUGCUACUCGAGAAACAAGCAACCACAAACCCGCAGAGAUUAUCGUGACAGAAAUUUUAAAAACCCCCAAGUAAUUUUAACCUUCCAACAAACCACAGAAACACAAUAGGCAAUUUAAAGUAUUCAGGACUUCUCCAACUCACACAACUCUCUUCGGAGAAGAAAACAGAUUUUGCGCGAACGCUUUUCGAACGACGACGACGACAGCGGUUUUAGAUUUGUAAGGGCAAAGUAACGGGAAAGAGCGCGCGCUCGCGGAUGAACGCUAAUCACACAGAACACUCUCUUUGUGUAGGAUUUUUGCAUUAUAUAAAUAUAAAUUAUUGAUUGGAAAGCGACAAAGAGAUCCGCGCAGAAGUGUGGCAUUGGAAAAAAAAAAACACACACUCUCUCACACACACACACAUAAACAUAUAAAUAUUAUAAAUACUUUAGGUGUAUUCUUGUAUUGUAAUCACAAAAAGGUAGAAGAAGGAAAAAAAGUCUCAACUCUAGCGCGUAGUAGGAACUGAACUUGGCAGGAGAGAAGGGAUAGCGCAUGGAUAAAAGGCCAACACCAACUCGCGGAACGGAAAGUCGGUCGUGUUUGCGCAGGGAUUUUGCAGGCAAAACGUGUAAAGAAAUCUUUGUUGUGUGACCCGUGGAAAAAAAAACUUGAUAACAAAACAGUGUGAAAAAACGAGAUCGUUCGAGUUUCAUUGGGAGAGCCAACUUAAAAGUUGGCAAAGAUUGACCAGAUCGAUUCAGGGUGGCCACUUAAGUCGGAAAAUUGGGGAAAAAAACCGUGGGAUAUCUUAUACCUUUUGAAAAUUUAACCGUUUUAUGAAAAUAUUGUUGAUUUUGUUUUUCACAGCAAUAAAAAAUAAAAAAAAUAUUUUGAGAAAUAAGUGUUCCAAAAUUUUCUUUAUAGAUUGGGGACAAAAAAAUGCAUAAUUAAAUUACCUGGAAAUAAUUUCCUGCAUGCAGAUUAUUUUAAAAGUACAGGUAAACUGAUUAAAUCUGUAUGAAAUAGAGUUGCUCUCUUGCUUACUGUCUUGCUCCGAAAUGAACUAAUAAGAAAAAGAUUUUUUUCAAUUAAUGGAAAAAAUAGGCGUUUUUAAAAAGCUAGAAAAGUUUAUUUUUCACAACUGCCGUUUCAAGACGAAAAUGAUCAAAAAGUAUUUUUUUUUAAAUUAUUUUUUUCAGUAAGCAGUAGGCAAGAGAGCAACUCUUUUAUCGCUUUCUCUACUUGGCUCCCGCUCUAAACAGCAAGAUUAUUAUUUUCAAAUUGAGACAGUAAGCAAGAGAGCGACUCUCUUAUCGCUUUCUCUACUCUGCUCCCGCGCUCUACACAGCAAGAUAAGUUUUUUUUUCUAUUAAGACAGUGAGCAAGAGAGUAAUUCUCUACACAGCAAGAGCAAGUUGUACGCGAUAGCAAAGAAGACUCGAAAUGGAAAGGGAGUUGAUUUCUUGCUUACUGUCAUAAUAAAAAAAAAAGAUCUGAAAAAUAUUUUUUUAUUUUUUUUUCGUAAUUGAAAGUUGACAAUUCAGAUAAAAAAGAUUUACCGAUUUUUUUCAAAUUGUAAAUUUUUGAUUAGAAAAUGAUAAAUAAACACGUUUUUUUAUUGAGUUCUCUAAAGAGCAAGAGACCAACUGUGCUUGAACCUCACAGCAAGAGUAUACUUUAGCAAACGUGGGAGCAAAGAAGAGUAUAAAUGGAAUGAGAGUUGUUCUCUCGCUUACUGUCAUGAUCAAAAAAGAAUUCUGCAAAAAAAAAUUGUAAUUAAAACUUGAAAAUUUAGAAACAAGAGAUUUGCCUUCUAUUUUUCGAAACGGUUAAAAAAUAGUAUUGUUAUGAAUUCUCCAAAGAUCAAGACAGUGAGCAAGAGAGCAACGCGGGUGCAAAGAAGAGUAGACAUGGAACGAGAGUUGCUGCUUUGCUCACUAUCUUGUCCUGAAAAUAAUUCCUGAAAAAUAUGUUACGAAGCAACAAAAAACUUCAGAUUGACCAAAAUAAUACUUGAAAAAUUCUUUCCCGAUCAAGACAGUGAGCAAAAGAGCAAUUCUCAGCAAAUUUGUAGUGCUCUGCUCUGCUCCCGCCAUAGCAAGCGCAAGAGUAAACUGUAGCUAAUCGGGUGCAAAGCCGAGUAAAACGGCGAGAGAGUUGCUCAUUUGCUUACGGUCCUGCCUAAUUCGGAGAGAUUCGUUUCAUGGAGAAACAACUGUUUCAAUCAGUUUUUUGGUGAUCUGCAUUCAAACUUCGCAUAAAAUUUCAAAACUCAAGUAGUAUAUACUUUCCCAUAAUUUCAUAGCCGGCCGAAAUGUUGCUAGCUUGGCUUAAGGUGGCCACCAACAGUUGCAGCGGGAAACUAGGAAGAAGAAAAAAAGUCGGUCAAAAUCGGAUUAACCCGGCCGGAUUCCACCCUACACGUUUCGGUUCCGAUGCCCUAGAGCGACAAAACAGCAGCGCGUGCCGCGCAAUGUUUUAAACCUUUGAGUAACUUUAGAAGUAGAGAAAAGCUCGAUUGUUCGUUUUUAAGAAAUAAGGCUACCGUAGGAAACAAAAACAGAAAGAAAACUGCAAGAAACAAGCAUUUUAACGUUUUUUCAAAUGACGAAAUGAGUAACUACGAGAAAAAAAUAAACCAAGUUGGUUGAGAAAAAAUGUUAGAAUCACGCAAACAAAAAAUAAGCAACAUCGUAUCAAUUAGUUAUUUUAUUGUUAGAAAACCAGCUGGCAUAGGGAUCAUUUUUUCGAUGGAAAUAAACAAAGAAUUUGAAUAAGUACACGUAAACCAGCGAGAGAAGAGGCAAAGAGGGCCCCCGCAAUCCGGAAGGGGUGACAAAAAAAGUUAAAAAUCAUCUCUUUUCUUGCAAUUUCUCUCUCUCUCUCUCUCUCUCGUAUGAGUUGGCUGAUUUAGUUUAAUUGAUACUUUAUAAGGGACUGAUUUGAAGCUUGAACGAUUGUGGUCGGGUGACGAAUAUCCUCAAUUUUCGUUGCUGGAAAUAUGCUCUCUGUCAAAUAUGAUUAACCUAUCGUGGCUAAUGAAAAUUGUUAGAACAAAAAUCGUGCUGGUGAGAAAUUAGACAAAUUUAAGAAAGGAAAUCCGUAUCGUUCCUCCACAACUGCAACAACAACAAAAUUAACUCUUUCCUCAAAACGACAAACAAAACUCAACAACUAGGCAUUUAACGCCGCGAAGAGCGGCAAAUUUUGGCAGAGACGAUCGAUCGAUUUUAUGUUUUCUCUCGUUCCGGCGUUGCGGGAAAAUUGCGCACGCAAUUAAUUUAAUUUUUAAACCCCAUUUAAAAAAAAUCCAACAAGGUAAUACAACUAAAUAUAAUCCUAUAGUGGAAGUAAACUGCGAAGAAGAAAAAAAACAUGAUAGCAUUUAUUAAGAAGGAACGUAAACUUGAAUGGAAAAGAGGAAGACAGUAUAAAAAAAGAGCAAGCAAAUGUGGUUAUCUCUCAAAUAAUUGAAGGUAGUGUUUAAAACUGCAAGCAAAGAAAGGAUAAAAUAAAAUGAAACUCUUCAAACACAUAGAUAAAGCGAAAUAAAAAAAAGUGAACAAGUAAAAUCAGUAGCAGUAAGGAGAUAAUUCCCACGUUUUACAUGCAUUCAUUUUCUGUCAAUUUUCAUGUAACUGUCAAAGGUUAAAGUAAGGUAGGAAGUCGAAUAAAAAAAAAAGAAACUGACAUAAACUUAAUUCGCGACAAAAGUUAGAGAUAAAAACAAAAGUAAGCUAAAUUUUAAUUUUUUGAACGAAUAUUUUUCAAGCAAUUUCAUCCAAAAUCACUCAAAUUUCGUCAAAACCAAGCUGCGCCAGCUUGUAUUAACAAAAUUUGAAUGUUUUCAGAUGAGGGUGCUUUUUGCAAAGUUUGCCUUUCGCAUCGCUUUGGCGAAAACACAGGAAUCGCAUUUUAACCUUUUGGCUAGCGCAAUUUUGACUGGCCAAAUGGCUAAUUAAAUUUUGCGUAAAAUGCUUCCAGCAAGAUAAUCAGUUUUUAGACAGGUUUGUUUUUGCUCAUCUCAUAAACUGCUUUAAAGUACUCAAAACUGAGUACUGCUUCGAAGGUACGCACACACUCAAAAUAAUUCAAUGUUCAUCAAAACCGAACCUACUCAGAAAUGAGUAAUCGGGAGAAAUGUCAGUUUUGAGUGACUUUCACUCAGAAUUCUACAAAAAAAAAUGAUUUAAUUUUACUCAGAUCUGACAGUUUCCAUUUUCUCAAUUCUGAGUUAGUUCGACUUUGUAGAAAACAUGAAAUGUGCUCAUAAACUGGUUUCAAUUGUUAUCACUUGUUUCAGAGUUAUUUUUACUCAUAAAUUUUAAAAAUCAAAACUACUAAGAAUUAGAUUUUUUGUGAGUUUGCUUUUAACUCGUUUCACAUCAAUUUAAUUCAACUUCCUUUUUGAAAAAAAUCUCGAGCGUGCAUGAAAUUCACUUGAGAAUAAAAAAGGGACUCAAACUUUUUUCCAAUACGGUGUAAGCAAUUUUGGGUAACGACUAACCUUUCCCAAACUGAAUUAAUUUGCUGCAAGCUGCGGGGCAAACUGGCAAACAUUCGAUCCUAAACAUUACGUCGAAAACUUUCAAGUCGCAAAAUUAGCGCGAUUGUCUGAUUAGGAAAAACACAUACUUGGUGCGCAAAACAUACACACACACACUGCGAACGGGGUAAACACGUGCCUUCUUUCUCACACGAAUCUCGUUUCGUCCUUGUCUUGCUUGGUUUUGUCUAGUUUGAUUAUGUUCUAACUCGCGGGACGGAAUACACGUUCAGCUCUGCUGGGUGUUGUUUUGCGCAUCGAAGGGGCUUUACCCUAAAUUGGGUACGCUGCAGGUGUUUUGUUUACUUUAGGAGUUUUUUUAUCGUUUCUAGAUAAACUUUUCCACUUUGAAAAGUGUAGUAUUUUUGGUAGGACUAUUAAUAUUAAAAUAUAUAAAACUUUUCUAAAACUAAACCAAUAAAGCAAGCCACUGAGACUCAGUGAGUAUAGUAAAGAGGAAAUUAAAACGAUGAGGAUGUAAUUUGAGUAAUCCACACACACACACAAUUAAGGUGAAAUAAUGUUGUAUAUCGCUGUACAAAAUUUAUAUAGUUAUUUUAUACCGGACUAAGACAGACCAGAAAAGCAACUUUUAGCAAAACGGCAAAAAAAUCACACAAAAAAUAACAAUUGGAAAAAAUAGUGUUAAUUGUACAUUAGAGUUCACAUGUAGAGUUUUGAAAAUGCAUAACAAACAAAUUAAAAAACGCAAAUCAACAUCGCCUCCUCCAGCCGUUUGUAAAUUUGUGCAGUUACUGCGAAAGUCAGGAAAAAAAACAAGUGUAAAAUUUCGUGUAAAAAUAAUGUGUUUUUUCGUGUAGGAACAUUUAAAAAAACGCAAAACCAAAAUCGAGAGCCACCUUUCGAGCUCUUACGAGUUGGAUCCGUGUGCAACUGCAACCGGCGCAGCUCUGUGCGACUUGCAUGUAAAUAACCUGUGUAGUAUUAUUCCACCCUUCCCCCCCCCAGUCCGGUGGAAACCGACGCGCGAAAGUUAGGAAUCGGAGGAAAGGACGUCACGAUUCCAGUGUAAUGGUGUUUUGAUAAAUUUUCGACAUGUUUUCCGAAGCGUGUCGAGGGGGUUUGAAUCGCUGUCCGUUUUUAAUUUUCUAUUUUACGUUUAAAAUGUUCUAUUUUUCGUUAAAAAUGCUGGUAAUGACCCACUGAAAAAACAACGGUGCAAGAUAAUUUAACCUAAAACGACUAAUUACUCAUCAAAGUGCAGUCAUGACAACAAACCGCUGUCACUACGGUUUUGCAUCCUCCAAGGUGAGUAUACUAAAUAAGGUAAGGUUUGUUCCAGCUGUAAAAAAAUAGUUUGAAACCUAAAUUUCACGAUUUUCCAUUUUUUUUUUUUGGGUUGUUCAGCAUACCUAACUGAAUCGAAAAAUGCUUUGAAAUGAAAUGUUCGUUCAAAAAAUUAAAUUCAACUGAAAACGUAUUUCGAUUCAGUUUGACAUGUCAAACAACCUUACAAAAAAAAAAAAGUCCGGUGAAAUUUGCCGAAAAAUAAAGCACAGUUUUGACAGCUGGAAAACAUAUUUCACCUUAUCUAAUCUACAUACCUUGGCUACCCUCGAAUGAAAAACAAACAUUUCGUGAAAAAAAAACUAACUCACAUUUCCUCAAAACCGAACUUACCCAAAAUUGAGUUCAGUAAGCACUGUCAGAAUGGGAUGAUAUUUUUACAAAAUUUGAAGGCAAUUCAUCCAAAUCUGACAUUUGAUUCGAUACACAUUUUUGUGUAGUCCAGAGUAUGUAUUGCAGUGUUGGCAGUACUUACACCCUCAUCCAAUUUUAUUCAUUUCUUAGUUAUUUGACUCAAAAUAUGUCAAAUUAGAAGGAACUUAAAAUGUGAGUCUUGUUACUUUUCUUUUAACUCAUAGUUGAUUAAAUUUCACCAGCAUUUGAGUUAAUUUUACUCAAAUUCAGUUAUUUCGAAUGAGCCUGUUAAACCCGAUAAGAAAUUUGCCUAGUUUUUUGUCGCAGGCCCGACAACAUCUAGAAUUUGGCUCGAUGUUGAGCAAAAUGUUUUAUCUUUUCGUUUCCUAAAUUGGACAGUGAUUCAAAGCUUUCCUGAACAACUCGCCGUGUAACUGUGUAGCACACGCGCCCACUUGUUAUUUGUUUUAUUCUAUGGAUUAGACACCAGAACAAAGCUUAAAUAUUGUCAUUGAACGCAAAAUCCAGUCACAGCGAAGGAGAGCAACAGUUCGUACACAAACAGUCUGUGGAGCUUGAAGUGUAAAAAUGUAAUGAAAAUAUUUGUAAUAUGUUUGUAAAUCGGAAUUUUUCUAUAAAUAUAUUUUAACAAAAACAAACCAGAAAUCGCGCGAAUCUGUAAAGUCAUCAAAACAAGCAACAAACAAAAAAAAGAGAAGCUAUCAUCCAGUGUUAAGGCGCAAAAUCGUGAUAUGUACAGAGAACAAAACUUUUUUACUAACCCGAAGAAGACAAAAAAAGAAGUAUCAACCGCAAAACAAAAAAAAAAAAAAACACACAGACCACAAAUUCAGAAAUAAAUUACUCAAAAAUCGGCCCAUUUUUGUACGACGGCACACACACACACACACUCAUAGGCAGUUUCGACGCAAAAGCGAAUACAAAUUUUGUUGUUGAUGCUAGAUCCAUUUUUUAUUCGAGGCAAGAGAGAUAAAAACAAUCUGUGAUUCAAAUGCUUUUUGUUUCCUUUUUCAUAAAAUUUCAUUUCGAUUUGUCCUCAUGAGUUGAUAUUUGUAAUAGGAAAAAGAAAACUAACUUUGAACAUAAAGUGCGAACACGCGAGAUCGCUGUAAAAUGUGUACAAUUUUAUAAAUAGGCUAUUUUAAAAAAACAAAACAAACAAUCGAUGGAUCAUGAGAAAUUCUUGAAAACGUUUCUGCCUUCUGAGAGAAGCACCUGGUGUUGAGCGCGAGCUGUGCUACGAACUACGUUUUUACGAAUAAAAUAAAAAAAAAAUGCAAUAACAAAAGAGUACCCACUUUUUGAAAAGUGGGGAAAAAAGAACAGCAUUUCGCACGGACACACAAACACACACGGAAAAGUAUUUUUGUACAGAGGAAGCAGCAGUUUUAUAGCGCAAAAAUAACUCAAGAAUUUUUCCUUGUACGAUAAUCGUGUACAUUUAUUUUACAACAUACAAAACGCUGAUUUGUAAUUAACUAAAGAGCAAAACGCGCGUGAACUGUAAAUUUUUGUGAAGAAAAUCAUCUGUACAAAGCAAAGCAAAACCAACACCACACACAAACACUAGCGAACGUGAACAAACAAACAAAAAAAAAUCAAUGACAAUAUUUUUGAGUUCGAAUCCGGCUUCGAAAUCGUCGAGCUCUCGCGAUCGAGCAACCCUUGUUGAAUAUCCAAUGCGGGAAAUCAUUUGGUUUUACUCAGAUUGCGUCAAACGCGGACUUACUCAAUGUUGAGGUUGAGUCAAAUGUCAAACAAUGGGUAAUUUCCCCAUUUACCCAAACUUCAGUUGAACUAGUUCGGAUUUGAAUUAAAUUUACUCUAAUUUGACACUUUUCUAAUAAUUCAUUACUGAGUAAGUUUGUUUUGACAAAAUCUUUGUUUUUUUUUUUUUUAAAUUAAAUUGAAAACAAUCAUACAAUUAUCAUUAAAAAGCGAUGUACAUAAAAAAUAACAACAUAGCGACAAAAGUAUGGGUUGGAAUUAAGUAUUAACGAGACAAGUUUCUAGUAAAUGAAAUAGAACACGUAAAAACUGCCACCAAACUUGCAAAUAAAUAAAAAAGAAAAAGUUCGAACGGAAAAAGCACACAAACACUCGCAGCGUCACUCUUUUAGAAAAAAAAAAUAAUUUAAUUUAAAAAAAUCCCACAUUCAGUUUUGAGAGCAAUGCUUAAAAAGUAACCAUUUAGCGCGUUGGAUAAAAAGGAGACGAGACAAAAACAACUAGAAAAAAAAAGCGGCGAACGGAGAAUAGAAGAAACCAAAUAGCAAGCGGAAAAGGGCAAUUGAUUAACAAAAGGAAAAAAAACGGAUGGGGAAGUGGCUCCCGAGUCGGCCAAGAUUUGGACGAUGAAAAAGGGUGCAAGAGGCGAUGGUGGAUCAAAUUCAUUUUAGUAUAAACACAAAUACACACACACACGAAAGGUACGCGGAACCUUAAAACUACUCCCAGCUGACAGACGGAGCGUGGAAUGCAUUGAGAUUUUCCAAUUUAAAGCUAGGUGUAACUUCGGUAAUUUUUAAGAUAUUUUUUUUUUUUGGCUCACAUCUUUUCGUUUCACACAAAUCUUCUCAUCUCGCUGCAUUUUCCGGUAAGCAAAUAAAACAAACAAAAAAUAAGCCGAAUAGAUUGUAGUACGGAAGCAUAAUAUAGCCUCUAAGCAAUAAAUCAAACAGAGAAUAGACUUUUGUGUGCAUCUUUUGGUUGCCCAUUCACUCUUUAUUUGAAUGUUUUUUUUUUUGUUUAAUUAUCAUUAUUUCUGCAAUCGUCACUUUUGCGACGCAAUUCUCCUCUAUUAUUAUUAAAUAAUAUUAAUUUAACAAACCAACAUCCUUAUCGAUAUCAUUUAUUAUAAUUAUUAUAACUACAAUUAUUUUCACCGUGUAAGCCCUGAGGCCUGAAAGCAAAGGUCGAUUUAAAAGGAAAGGACAGCUUAACUAAUUUAUUUUGUACUACAUUAUUGGAACAAUGUCAAUGUCCAUGCUGCAAAAAACGGAAGGAGUUAGAAAACGCAAAAAAAAAA